CCGAGACCACGUUUACGCGCUGCCAAGCCAAGCCAAGCGGGACCACUUAUUUCCCCUCUUCGUGUGUUCUUUCCGAAAUCUACUGCUUUGAAACAGUUUUUGCGGGUGUUCUGUGGGUUUGCUUCGUUUACCGUGCGCUUCACUUCCACUGCACGCUUGCGAAGGCCUUCUCUUAUCUGGGGGAAUAUCCUUCUAUCUUUACAAACGGCGUUGAAAGAGGUCACGCAGGAUUAUGGUAGGAUGUUCGCGACGACCUAUCGGCGCACGGAAGAAGAGGAGCGCGAAUACAAGCGACGGCGAGCCGAAGCAGCCCGACGGCGUCGGCAGAACCUGAGCGAGGAACAGAAAGCGGCCGAGCGGGAACGCAAUGCUGCCGCAUGCACGCCAAAGGCGGCUGCACCAAACGGAAGAGCAGCGAGCGGCGGAACGCUGAACGGCACCGUGCGCGUCGAGCGAACCCACAAGUACGGGCCGCCGAACGGGAACGCGAUGCCGAGGCGAGGCGAAGGCGUCGAGCGAACCCGCACUUGCGGGCCGCCGAGCGCGCACGCCGCAGGGAACGUCGACUGGCGGAGGGCGUUAGACCAUCGUCUAGGCGGCAGCGUCGGGCUAAAGCUCGCCGGGAUCGGCGGCAGACAUCGGAGAGGACGCCCUCGACGGCGGUGUGGUCGCGAGGUGCGAGUAGCGAAGACGACUCAAGCUGCUGCUCGACGACUUGGGUCAGUUGUGCAGCGCGUGCGACCGCCUAUGCUUCCGCCACGACGUCUCCGAGGUGUCGCCGCGACACGUCCAAACGCUGGCUCGCGAGUUUCCCGAAGAAGAGCACGUCGAGGACUUCGCGCUGUGCCAGGCGUGCAGGGACUCCCUGGAAGCCGGGAGUGUCGCCCUGGUGGCGCGACGUUGCGGAUACGUGUACCCGCCAAUGCCGGAGUGGUUGACGAUUAUCAGUUCGGACGAAGAGGAGCAGCCUGUCAGCUGCGACGUGCAUGGCCCCAUGCCCGUCCUGACGACCAGGAGCACACAGACGGACGCGGUCAUGCCGCCCAGCAAAAGAGUGGACAUUGCGAUCGGAUCCUUGUGGAUUGACGACAGAGGCGUGUCGAGGUCGACGCAGACGCAGACUUCCUCCUUCAUCGCAGCAAAGGUGCACAGCUGGACGGCGACGGAAAUGAAUGGCCUUCCAAAACGGCGAAGUUUGCUUAGGAAGAAAACAAGUGUUCGCCCGAAAGUAAUUCCGGCGAAAGAAACAACGAUGCUCGCAAGAUGACAAAGUCAACAUCGUCGAUCGGUUGCAGCCGUGGAGUCGAGGAAGAAACCUGUUCAUCUUACCAUUGUGCAGAGAAGAGAGUGCCGCGUGGUGAAAGGUGAAAUUAAGUGCCUUCGUCUCUUGGCACACUGAUAUCUUUUCGGACAAAGCGACGUUUGCGUCGUCUGUGAACUGAAACUUGACGCGCCCUCAUGACUGGUCGCCAGCUGCGAGCAGCUUGUGCAUUCUGGCCAUUCUAAGCAGCCUCUUCUCGGGAAGAUCGCCUAUAUGUGGUCAUUUGUGAUGUUUCGUGAACCAAGUGCCUUGACCUCUCAUACUCGGCCAUCCUGGCGCACCAAUCCCCGUCAUUUGUGAACGUCUGUGAACCAGAGUGGAUAGUAUUUGCAAAUGGCCGCCGACUGCGGGCAGUUAGUAUUGGUGAGAACGGUGGCCCAGCUGUUGACAAGUGCCUUCAUGGAUGUCAGAGUGCCUUAUUUUACGAGCACACGCUAAACAAGAAUGAUGAAAUUUAUUGCACUUCAUUGCAAUUAUGUCUGACUGUUGCGAAAUACAUGUCCUUUUGCUGGAAA